AAAACAAAAAAAAAACCCACCACGAAAAAGAAGUGCAAAGUUCAACAGGAAGUCAUCCUCGUGUUUUUGUGGUGUAGUUACGGCACUGAGACAGGUGCGCACAUACCAGAAAGUGGUUAAGACACCUUUUUCGGAGAAGUCAUCUCAUUGAACAGGUCCCAAUGGCCUCGUACACUUGCAUCAGCUGCCGAGUAGCUUUCGCAGAUGGCGAGGUGCAGCGUGCACACUAUAAAACCGACUGGCAUCGGUACAACUUGAAGCGGAAGGUGGCCGACAUGCCCCCCGUCACUGCUGAAAACUUCCAGGAACGUGUCCUGGCUCAGAGGUCCGCUGCUGACCAGCAGCUGACUGAUGCAUCAGCCACUGAGUACUGCACCAUCUGCAACAAGAAGUUCUCCAGCGCCAACGCUUACCAGAACCACCUGCAGUCCCACAAACACCAACAGGCCGAAAAGCAGACCCUACUCGCUGCCCAGAGGAGAGUGGAGAAGAUGAAUGAGAAGAACCUGGAGAAGGGGCUCAGUGAUGAAAAGGUAGAUAAUGACGCAAGGAAUGAGGCCCUGCAACAGGCGCUGAAAGAACAGCAGAGAUCGAGCCCUGCCCAGCAAGACCAUGCACAGACCUCACAAGGAGCAACAAAGCAGAGGACUGAGAAGCUGGAUAAACCUCCCAGGAUGAUGUGGCUGGAGGAGCAAGCCAAGAGGCGAGAAAGAGAAGAAGGUGGCACAGCUGGUGAAGAAGACUGGGAGGAUGUAGAUGAAGAUGAUGAGGGCGAUGAUGGUGAUGAGAUGGAGGCGGAUGAUGAAGAGGAGGUGAUGGAUCAGGAGGAAGGCGAGUCCACUGCUCUGUCUGAUACCCAACCUCCCGCUCUACCCGGUUCCAUCCCCAUCACUGACUGCUUAUUCUGUUCCCACCACUCCAAGUCCCUCAUGAAGAACGUCACACACAUGACCAAAGUCCACAGUUUCUUCAUCCCUGAUGUGGAGUUCCUCAUAGAUCUGAAGGGCCUCAUCCGUUACCUCGGAGAAAAAGUUGGUGCUGGGAACGUGUGCUUAUGGUGUAACGAAAAGGGGCGUUCGUUUUACUCAACAGAAGCAGUACAGAGUCACAUGUUAGACAAAAGCCACUGUAAGCUCUUCACAGAUGGCGAUGCCGCCCUGGAGUUUGCAGACUUCUAUGACUUCAGGAGUAGUUACCCUGACAGAAAAGAGGGGGAGGAUGCUGAAAUGGAUGAUGAAGAGUUGGCUGAUGACAAGAACCUGGAAUAUGACGACGAGACGAUGGAGCUGACGCUCCCUUCAGGUGCUAAGAUUGGCCACCGCUCUCUUAUGAGGUACUACAAACAGCGGUUCGGAGCCCAGCGCGCGGUGGUUCUGACCCACAAUAAGAACGCCGUUGGCAGAGUGCUCAGGCAGUACAAAUCCCUCGGCUGGGGAGGAGAUACAGGUAACAGCGCCCUCAAUCAGAAACAGAAGGACAUGCAGUAUGUACAGAUGAUGAAGUCCAAGUGGAUGCUGAAGAUGGGCAUGAGCCACAACGCCAUCAAGCAGAAGCACUUCAGAGCCCAAGUUAUGUUCUAAACUCGGACUGAAGGAACAGGACGGAGCUAAAUGAGACAUGGACUGGCAAGCUCUGAAGUUUAACAUCUGUACUAACUCCAAGAAACCAGGCAGAUGUCCUUGAACAGUGGUAGGAACAGAAAUCAGGCUCGUCAAACGCACAGACUGUAUGCAAAGGAUGGAUGUGGCCAUUGUGUCACUCACUGGUUUGUGAAGUCUUGUUUUUAAGCCUCAAACACAGAAAAUUGGCAGUCAAACUUUUAAGCCAGAUGUCAUAAGUAAUGUGUGGUUUAGACCAGGAAACCAAAAGACACUACAUGGUUAUACUCUGGAUCCUCAUUUAUCACAGGGUAGCCGUGCCCCAAAUUAUGUUCUUCUUUAUCAACUAUUUUACUCUAAAUAGGACCGAGAUUCCCAAAAUUUAAAAUGUUGUGUUAAAUAUGAGUUGAAACCAAUGAAUGCUCAUCAGAAAAGGUCAUAGAUAAAGUUUAGAAAAUAAGUUUAGACUAUUUCAGGCUGCUUUUGUAACCAGAAGAGUCUCGUCCUGCGUGCUAUGUGAAAAAAUUCAGGUUUCAAGCAUUUCUCCAUUGGAUGCACCCAUCUUUUGUGUACAGCCUAUACUGAAAACCUGAUUACAGUCAUUCUUCAUUGCAUUUAAAGUAAUGCACUAAUGCCAGUUUUGAGGUUUGACGAUUGCAGGGAAUCUUUGAUGUGGUAAAUCUUUAUCUUUGAUCUUUGAUAAAGCUUCUUGAAUUUUUUAGAGCCUUUAAUUUACUUUUGUAAAAAAGAUUCAGCUGUCAUCUCUCAAAUGCUGCAUCUCUGUACAAAGUGCAGGUUCUCUGUAAAUCUCCUUGAAAUCAUGAUAGAGAUCCUGGAAGCUCUUAUCGACUUCAUUUUGAAAACAGCCUGUUUGAAAACAGAUCAAGGACACGAAUCACACUUAUGAGUUCUUUUUGAAAUUAUAUAAAUCCUGUAAAAGCUACAUUACAUAAAUGAUAAGAAACUGAUUUAAUACUUUGAACAAAACUUAUUUAACUGAUAGGAUUUCAUCUUUAUCGUUCAACAUGAUCGGAACCAAUUCAACUAAAUAAAUGUUUGAUAUUUACCACAUA